AUGGCGCUGCGGCGCCGCCUCCUGCUGCUACUGCUGCUGAUCUCGCUCGAGUCCCUAGACCUUCUGCCCGGCGCUAACGCCGCCCGCGGCCGCGCUGCCAACCGGACCCUGAGCGCAGGCACCGCUGCCGUCGGGGGUCGGCGGCCCGGGGGCGCCUUGGCCCGAGGUGGCCGCCAGUUGAAUGGCACCGCCCGUGUGUCCGGUGUCCCGGAGGCGGGGAGCCGGCGGGGUCAGUCCGCGGCGGAGGCGGCGGCGGCGGCGGCGGCCAGUACGACCGUCACCUACGAGACGUGCUGGGGCUACUACGACGUGAGCGGCCAGUACGACAAGGAGUUCGAGUGCAACAACAGCGAGAGCGGCUACCUGUACUGCUGCGGUACCUGCUACUACCGCUUCUGCUGCAAAAAACGCCACGAGAAGCUGGACCAGCGCCAGUGCACCAACUACCAGAGCCCCGUGUGGGUACAGACGCCCAGCACCAAGGUGGUGUCGCCUGGGCCCGAGAACAAGUACGAUCCGGAGAAGGACAAGACCAACUUCACCGUCUACAUCACCUGCGGGGUGAUCGCCUUCGUCAUCGUGGCCGGUGUCUUCGCCAAGGUCUCCUAUGACAAGGCCCACCGACCUCCACGGGAGAUGAACAUCCACAGGGCUCUGGCUGACAUCUUAAGACAGCAGGGACCAAUCCCCAUAGCACACUGUGAAAGAGAAACAAUUUCGGCUAUCAAUACUUCUCCCAAAGAGAACACUCCAGUCAGAUCGACCACCAAAAACCAAUAUACCCCAGUGCGAACAGCUAAGCAGACACCAGGGCAUUAUGGGAAGGAGGCUUACCGAAGUGGAGGACCAGAUCUCCAUAACUUCAUCUCAUCUGGAUUUGUCACAUUAGGAAGAGGACACACGAAGGGUGAUCAUCAGUAUAAGCAUCCGAUUUUAAGCAGUGCUACCCAGACCCCUACACACGAGAAACCACGGAUGAACAACAUCCUGACAUCAGCUACAGAGCCCUACGAUCUCUCCUUCUCCCGCUCAUUCCAGAACUUGGCCCACCUGCCCCCAUCAUAUGAGUCUGCAGUAAAGACCAACCCAAGCAAGUACUCGUCUCUGAAGAGGCUCACCGACAAGGAGGCAGAUGAGUAUUACAUGAGGCGGAGGCACCUGCCAGACCUGGCCGCCAGGGGCACGCUCCCCCUCAAUGUCAUUCAGAUGUCACAGCAAAAGCCACUGCCCCGGGAGCGACCCCGCCGGCCCAUCCGGGCCAUGUCCCAGGACAGAGUCCUGUCUCCAGAACGGGGUCUGCCAGAUGAGUUCGGCAUGCCGUAUGACCGCAUCCUGUCCGAUGAGCAGCUGCUCUCCACGGAGCGCCUGCACUCCCAGGACCCACUGCUGUCCCCUGAGCGGACAGCCUUCCCUGAGCAGUCGCUGUCGCGGGCCAUCUCACACACAGACGUCUUUGUGUCCACACCAGUGCUGGACCGCUACCGCAUGACCAAGAUGCACUCCCAUCCCAGUGCCUCCAAUAACUCCUAUGCCACCCUGGGCCAGAGCCAGACAGCAGCCAAGCGCCAUGCCUUUGCCUCACGCAGACACAACACGGUAGAGCAGCUGCACUACAUCCCAGGUCACCAUACCUGCUACACAGCCAGCAAGACCGAAGUGACUGUGUGA